UUUUUUUGACAACUCAAAAAAUAAAACCACGUGUAAAAUAAAAAAAAUUCGAAAAACCUUUGUAAUACCAAAAGUAAAUUUACCAAGAAACUAUAAAUAGAACUUGCCGACUUUCUUAGGAAAAUGGUAGAAGAGUUUGCGGAUACCGAAAGACAUUUAACUUCAAACUCACUUACACCUGCGACUCCAAAUGAAAAAUUAUUUGAAAAAUUAUUAGGAACAGCCAAUGAUCAAACAUUUAUUGAAGAUGAAGAUAGUCUACUUGGAGAUUAUGACUGGGAAAUUUCUUUCGAUGAAGUUGAUGAUCAUAUAUCAUCAUUUCAGGAAGAUGAGUUCGUUCGCGAGGCUUUUACAAAGGGAAUGGAUUUGCGAGAGUAUGCUAGGAAUGUCGAAAAAGAAUUAAAUGGAAUUGAAAAAGAACAUGAAGUUGAUUAUAUUAGUCAAGCAAAGAAUUUUGUAGAAUUACAUAAUCAAAUUCAGUCUUGUGAUCAAAUAUUAGCAACAAUGGAAAAUAUGCUAAGUGUUUUUCAAAUGGAUUUAGGAAACAUCAGUUCAGAGAUCCAAACAUUGCAAGAUAAAUCAUUUUCGAUGAAUAUAAAACUUAAGAAUCGUACGGCAGUUGAACAACAAUUGAAUACUGUUUUGGAAGGAACCGUUAUUCCACCCCCUAUGAUCAAAAAAAUUACUGAAGGAGAAGUUGAUGAGAUUUGGCUUGCUUAUUUAACUGAAUUAAAUAAGAAAAUGACUUACGUUAAACGUAAUCAAAAAAUGAAUGUUAAAGCAAUUAAGGAUGUUGGUCCAGAAUUAGAAAAAUUGCGAUUAAAAGCGACUGAGAAAAUACGAGAUUUUCUUUUAACAAAAAUUAGAUCACUUCGUAUACCUAACACAAAUGUUCAAAUUUUACAACAAUCAAUUUUAUUAAAAUAUAAGGCACUUUAUAAGUUUUUAAUGGAAAGAUAUAGUGAAGUUGCUGUAGAAGUCAUGCAUAAUUAUGUUAACACUAUGCGUUGGUACUUUUUCAAUCAUUUCGAGAAAUACAAUAGGGAGUUACAAAAAUUGCAGAAUCCAGUCGCAGAUAAGUAUGACAUGAUGGGUUAUGAUGAGAGUGUCCGAAAAGGUGGUCUUUGGGGAACCGGAAAAAUUGCACUGCAAGAUAAAGCGAAUAUUUAUGUUUUGAAAGACAGAAUUAAAACACUUCGGAAUCAGGAUGCGGGAGUGAUUUUAGUUCAUGUUGCUGAAAACAAGAGUAAAGGAUAUCCAAAUGAAGCAUUGUUUAGAAGUUUUAAUUUAACCUUUAUAGACAACGCAAGUUCAGAAUAUCUUUUUAUUGUAGAAUUUUUUGCAAAAGAUGACAAACCUAAUGCAGAGCUUGCUAAAGAUAUUUUUUCUGAAAUUUUUAAUACCACAAUCAAAAUGGGUUUGGAUUCUACCAAGCAAUUUGUCGAUAAUAGUUACGAUGCUAUCGGAAUUCUGAUUUGUAUUAGACUUAAUACACAAUUUGCCCUAGAAUUACAGAGAAGAAAAGUACCAGCUUUAGAGGGAUAUACUAAUCAAAUAAACAUGUUAUUAUGGCCCAGAUUUCAGGCUAUUAUGAACAUGCAUAUUGAUAGCGUUAAAAAAGCUGCUACUAAAUUUAUUGUUAAAGAUAUUCAUCCGCAUUUCGUGACUCGAAGAUAUGGAGAAUUUGCAGCAUCAAUAUUGACUCUAAACGAAGAAUAUAAUGAUCCAAUUCUGUUAAAUAGCUUGUUGAGAUUGAGAAAUGAAGUUGAAAAUUUCCUCGAUAAAUUAUCAAAUAAUUUUGAUGAUCGUAAAAGUCGAAUAAUAUUCUUAAUCAAUAAUUAUGAUCAGAUUAUAACUAUUUUGAAUGAUACUGGUGGCAAAGUUAUAGAAGCAGAAGUUAACUAUUUCAAAGAAUUAUUGAAUGGUCAAAUAUCGGGAUUUGUUGAAGAGGAAUUACAACCUCAUUUUGGAAGUUUAGUUUCUUUUAUAAAAAAUGUUGAACAAGGAAAAGAUCUUACAGUUAUUGAACCAGAAAUUUUUGACCAAGUAUCAUCUGAUUUUGCUGCAACAUGGAGACAAUCUAUAACAUCAAUAAAUACUUCAGUAAUCCAACAUUUUACAAAUUUCAAAAAUGGUACAACAAUAUUACAUUCAGUUUUAGGACAAUUAAUUAUUUAUUAUACUAGAUUUUGUAACAUGUUAGAAGAAGCUUUAAGAGAUGGUAAAAUCAGAAUUAGACAUCAACCUGUUAAUGUACAAAGUGUCAUGGUUGAAAUUAAGAAAUUUAGAAGUAAUUUUUAAAAUAUUUAAAAGUAUUAAGUAAUUAUAAUUAAUAUAAAAUUGGCUUAUAUUUAAAUUUGCACACAUUAAUAAUAAUAUCCACUAUUUAAAUUGUAAUAAGCUAUUUAGUAAUAAUGAUUUAAACUGCA